GAUCUUCAGAUGAAUUUAACAACCCACCACCAUCUUUGAUGUAACAAGAAAUUGUUGGUUCCCAGCUGGAUCUGGACAGUUGUGCAGUCCUCUUCCCCCCCUCUCUCUCUCUCUCUCUCUCUCUAUCUGUAUCUCUCUCCCACCUCACAUGUCCCCAUCAGCUUUUUCCAAGAACUUUUUCUCAGAGGGGUUUUUUUUUUCCCCUUUAUUUUCUCCUUUUCUUAGCUUAGAUUUUUUUUUCUUGCAUGUUUUUGAAAUAAUUUUUUACCAUCAACUUACUGGUCUAGUGGGUCUCUUUUUGCCUAUAAAUCCCACAGCUUCCAUGCUCUAAGCCCUCUUCCCCUUUUCUUUCCUCCCCUCAGCAAAAUUUGGCAUCUUUCUGUGCUAUUUUUUCUUUCUUCAAGAUAUUUUUCUCAAAACUCUUGCUUGAUUUGAACUGAAGCCGUCACCUUCCAUUUAUUUUUCUUUAAUCUUGAUCUUGGAUUUCAAUUUCCUGAUCCAAAAUCAAGUGUCCGCUUCUUUAUCUUUCAUAUAAGUUCUUGAUUUCACUCUGUUGAUUUCUUGCCUUCCAAUCUCAAAAAGUUGCCAAAUCUGGGUUGGUGUUUUUGAGACUGGUUUUAAGCAUAAAUCUGCAGAUUUUGCAUAUCUUUCUUCUGUGGGUUUUUAAAGUUUGUCCUGAUGCUAAAUAUUUUGUUCUUGAUUUUUGAGAUUCAUGUCUCCAAUUCUCAGUGAAAUCUUCCUUUCUGGGUUUAUGAUCAAUUCCACCUAUAGGCGCAGGACCCAUCUUGUUCAAUCGUUCUCAGUUGUUUUCCUCUACUGGUUAUACUACGUUUCAUGAUUUUGGCUCCAAAUCAGAAAUUUAGACUAUAAAUUUAUAUAUUUAUCUUUACUAUUACUACUAUUAUCUGCAUUUUUCUGAGUUUGUUUCUGUUUUGGGUCCUGCUAUAACUCUCUCUUGAUUGCUCUUAUUUUGUUUAAAAAAAAAAAAAAAUUGUGCACUUGUUUUGUUGGCGUUUUCAUGGCUUCCUCCAGUGGAACAUCUUCAGGGUCAAGUUUGAUGCAGAACUCAGGUUCUGAAGAGGCAUUGAUGGAUCAAAGGAAGAGGAAGAGGAUGAUCUCAAAUCGAGAAUCAGCAAGGAGGUCUCGGAUGAGAAAGCAAAAGCAUUUGGAUGAUCUAAUGGCACAAGUGGCUCAGCUGAGUAAGGAGAACCACCAGCUUAUCACAAGCAUCAAUAUCACCACUCAGCAGUACCUGAACGUAGAGGCUGAUAACUCUAUACUCAAUGCUCAAAUUGGUGAGCUUAGCCACAGAUUGCAGUCUUUGAAUGAAAUCAUUUCCUUCCUGAGUGCAAAUAAUGGUCUUUAUGGAGAUUCAAGCACUUUCAAUGAGCCAGCUGAUAGCUUCUUCAACCCACUGAACAUGCCAUAUCUGAAUCAGCCUAUAAUGGCCUCUGCAGAUAUUUUUCAAUACUAGCUAAGACCCAUCUCCAGAUUAUUGCGACUGCUGUGGAUGAAUGGAAAAGAGAGAGAGAGAGAGAGAGUGAGAAGAGAGAGAAAAUCUGCCCUUGUAGCUUUUAAAGCUUAAGAAACGUUACUGGAUAGUGGUUAAAAAUUAAGUAAUAAUAAUAAUAAGGGAUAUGUAGAAGAACCAAGGAUGUGAUUAGUGGUCUGUAAAUGUGGUUUGCUAUAGUAUUAUCAUGGUUCAAGGGCAGUUGAUGAUGUUGUAGUUUUCUGCUGUUAUCAAUUAAUGUAAUGCUUUAUUUUACUCUCA